CGCUUGUUCUUCAAUAUCAUUCAAAUAUGGUGUCGACACCGCAAGCCGCGCAUGUGGCGGCCCAGCAGCAGAGCCAAGGUGCCCUGGUCUGGAUCGACUUAGAUGACCGGCCUUGACCCGGACCAAGAUGCCAUCAUUGAGAUCUACUGCUUCAUUACCGACGAGCAACUCAACCUCUUAGAUCGUACCGGCUGGGGCACCGUCAUUCACCAGACGAAGGCGCGCAUGGAUGCCAUGGAUGAAUGGUGUACACAAGUCCACGGCAAUAGUGGUCUCAUGGCCGCCGUCUUGGCCUCUACUGUCACGCCGGAACAGGCAGCAGACGGGCUGCUCACCUAUAUACAGAAGUAUGUCCCAAAUAAGCGCGUGGCCCUCUUAGCCGGAAACAGCGUACAUGCCGACCGCGCCUUUCUCCGCAAGGAGCCCUAUGACAGGGUCGUCGAUCAUCUGCACUACCGCAUCUUGGAUGUAAGUAGUCUAAAAGAAGCUGCUCGUCGUUGGUGCCCUCAUAUCGCCUCGGGAGCCCCUACCAAGCAGGGACUUCAUACGGCGAAGGAGGACAUUUUGGAGAGCAUCGCAGAGGCUAGGUACUAUCGAUCUGCUAUUUUUCAGAAGGACUAGAUCGUAUCUUCAUAAUAGGACAGGAGCGACAUGGCCACCAUACGUACGAUAUGGAUUCGAUCGGUUGGAAGAUGAAUUACAUUAUUUUGUUUGCACUGUCAUAAUCUCCACGGAGAACUAGCCACCCCAGCCGUAGUUGGUUCCAUAGGC